CUUUCAUUCAUUAUCUCUCAUCCACACACAUCCCCCAUACUUCAACCCUCGCUACUACACCCAUAAACCGCAGAAAAGGCUACUCCGCGUACACUUCCCCUCCAAAAUCCAGGUCAACACGCUCAUCCACGCCACUGGAAGCCCGAAACACCUGAAAUGUCUGCCUUGUUCAAUUUCCAGUCCCUCCUCCUCGUGCUUCUGCUUUUGAUCUGCACCUGCACCUAUAUUCGCGGCACCGCGCCGAACCUGGUGGACAGAAAUCGUGAAGGAUUCCUCGGGCUGUUCUUCAAGUUUGCUAGAAUAGGAGAACGGUUAUCGCCCUAUGUGUCGCUGGCGUGCAUAGCCAUGGCCCUCACCAUCAUGCUGGGAUCAUGAGGAUGUCACACUCGAGUGAUUAUGGGCUGGAAUCUUUGUAUGUAUCAUGAUGAUAGCAC